AUCCUUCUUGAAGAGUGAGGCGGGUGCACGUCGUGCCCAGGACUGCCCUGUCAUUGUUUAGAGAAACGCGUGGUCAGCGGCACCACAGACAGCUUUACUGCAGCGCAUUGGUACAUGGUGGGGUCCACAGUCAGACAUUAACCCAGACAUGGAUACUGAGAUGAGCAGUGACGUUUUAAAUGCUGCGUCAGAUACUCCAGAGCAACAGGAGACUGGAAUGGAAAAAGUGGUUGUGUCCAAAUUGGAGACACCAGAGGAGUCCACAGAGCCCGAGAAGCCACCAACCACUGUUGAAGAGACGGAGCAGUUGGCAGUGAAUGGUCAUGAUGCAGAGCAGUCACUCACAAAUGUCAAAGAAACAGAUGAAUUGAUGGAGACAGAGAUUGUGACAGAAUCCGUGAAGCUGUCUGAAGAAACACCAGAGGUGGAGGUGAAGGACAGCUUGUCAAAUGAAAUGUCUGAACAAGAGGAAUUCUCAGGGAAGUCUCCUGAAAAGGAACAGGAAUCUGAGGAGAGAGAAUCGCUGUUUGGUGCAGGGGAAAAACAUCCAGAACCAGUUGGAUCACCAGAAAAGAUCUCUGACCCAGUUACAGCAUUAAACACAGAACUAGGAAACAUCCAGCUUGAACAGCAGCCAGUGCCAGAGAACGCCCCAGAACCUAUGCCACAGCACGAGCCUCUGGCAGACAGUGCCCCUGAACCAGAGCCAGAGAAAUUGGUAGAAUCAGUCUCAGACGCUGAAUUACCAGAGCAAACAUUACCUGAACCAGUCAUACUGCAGCAGCCAGUAGACGUACACCCACCCAGCCAAGCAGAAACGGCACCAGAGCAAGUGGAGGCUGGGGAACAGCUGCAGACUGCAAUGGAUGUUCAGGCAGAAGUUGUCAAAGAGGUGGUGGAAGAAAAAGUUGUGGUGAUCAAGUCUGCAGAGGAGAUGGAGGCAGAAAAACCAGCAGAGGCAGAAUUGGAGAGAGCCACAGGCACAGAGGUGGUGAUGGAGGUGGCAGCAGAAAAGCAGCAAGAGCCUGUGGAAGUGAAGGAGGAGGAGAAACCAGCUGAAACUGGAAAUAUAAAACCUGCUGAGGAUGUGAAGGAAGUGGAACCAGAGAAACCAGCUGAGGAUGCUGCUGCGAAGGGAGCUGAGCCUGCAGCAGAGGGUGAAGGCGAUAAGCCUGAGCAGGAGAAGGCUGAAGAGGAGAAACUCCCCGCACCUGGCUCCCUAUCUUUUGCUCUUUUGGAAGUGGAGCAUACCAAAGCCACCCUUCAAACCUCUCGUACCCUUGUUGUCCUCAGAGGUCUUCCAGGCAGUGGCAAAAGCGUCCUAGCACGUGCCAUAGCUGAUUCCUACAAAGACAUCUGCUCUGUCUUCUGUGCUGAUGACCAUGGAAUAAAACCAGAGAAUCCAGAAGCAUCUGCAGAUGGAUACAAGGCUCUGGAUGAUGCCGUGGUGGCCAUCUGCAGUGCAGGUACAUCAGCCUCUGUGCUGGUAGUGGUGGAUGACACCAACCACACCCAGGAUCGGCUGGCCCGCCUGGGGGAGAUUGCAAAGCAGUACCAUCUUGUUGCGGUUUUCUUGGAGCCCCGUACUGAGUGGAACAGAGAUCUGUCUCAGCUUGCCAAGAGGACCAGACGAGGGCUGAAGGAGGCCCAAAUUCAGGCCAUGAAAGGUCUACAUGAGGAAAUGUCCAUCCCUCUUUACUUUGGCUGGUUUCUUCUCCCCACCAUCCAAGAGAAGGUCAGGUGCACAUCCAUGGACUUCCUGAAAACACUUGACACUUUGGAGGCUUUCAAGAAGCACAUGACUGACUUUGCUGGAGGAGCUGAGAAGGAGGUGGACCUGGAGCAGUAUUUCAAGGCCAAAGGAAACCUCCACUGCACUACCAAAUUUUGUGACUAUGGCAGGGCACAAGGUGCCAAGGAGUAUGCAGAGAAACCAGUUGUUAAUGAGCUGUAUGGUUCUGCAUUCGAGCUGUCACUGACUGCUCUCUUUGUCACGCCUCGCACUGUUGGUGCCAGAGUGUCCCUCUCUGAGGAGCAGCUCGUGCUGUGGCCAGCUGAUGCAGAGAAAGAGGCAGAAGCUGCGGUCCCUGGAGCUGCCUCACUGGCUCUGGGCAGCCGCGCCCACGUCACUCUGGGCUGCGCAGAGGGUGUGCAGCCAGUUCAAACAGGUCUGGAUCUGCUUGAAAUCCUGGUCCUGCAGCAGGAAGGCCAGCAGGGGGAGCUGGUGGAGGAGAUGGAGCUGGGCACCCUGGCCUAUUACGGCAAGGGAAGGUGGUUGCUGAGUCUGAGGGAGCCCAUCUGUGUCCCAGCCUGCUUCUCUAGUGGCUACAGGUCCAGGAAGCCUGACCAGACCAAAAAAGAGGCUGAGAAGAAAAAGAAGCAAAAGUGCACCAUUCUGUAAAUGGCAAAUAUGGGGAAUUGUGGCCUGGGAUGACUGGUGUAAUAAGAUUUAGGUUUACUCUGUGGAAGGUUUGUGUGUUUGUGCUGUGUUUAGGGUUUCUGGUAUAGCCACCCUAAAUCCACAAGCUUUGUGCCUUUUACUGUUGAUUUGCACCACAACCCAAGAUGCCUUCAAUCCAGUUAGGUCAAGCUUGUUCAGUAUGUUGUCACGCAUAUCAGUGCCAGAGUUGCAGUACCUUGCUAUUUGCUGAGAAGAAGUCUUGUUAGAUCCAAUUUUAGAUCAAGGUAGUACAGCUCCCUACCCCACACUGCCAUAAUUCUUGUCUGAAACUUUAGGCUUCCUAUUCUAUAACUGUUAGUAAGUGUAAUUCAGUAUUUCAGAGUGAAUGAUACACUAGGUAUUUUCAUUGCAUGCAUCCCAGGUUUACAAGUACAUCAAUUAUAUCAUAUUAACACAUUUCCAACCUGCUAAAAGUAGCCUGUUUGAAAGACAUAUUAAUGUCAGUUUCCUGUGGUUUAGUUGUAUGGGCAGCUGUCAUUUCUGUGCAACUGUGUGUGGCUUAGAAAAAUAAGUAUGAUAGAAUGUGGGCCCAAUUCAUGCCUGAUGAGGUUGUAUUAGAAUGAAUGUCAUUUAUAGAGGUCCUUCCUUGUAAAAUCCUUGCACUGUGCAUAAUUUGAAAGGGAGAAUGCUGAUGAAUUUGGCAUUUGUUUCAUUAGCUUGCACAUGGUACUUAUCAAAUGCUGUGAAUCCAAGUCCACAUUUUGCAAUCUUUUUUCUACUGCGCAAGACUGCACCAUUGUCCCUUUCAUUCUCUUUGAACAGCACUUCCUCAUGUUAUAUUUUCAAUUUGUAUCCACUUUCAACGACGGUAAUUUUUGUAGGACAAGUCCUGCUUUGUGUAGCUCUUAUGAAUCACUAUUUUUGCACUUGUUUUGUACACUUAAUAAAAGAACAUGCUUUGCUCCAAA